GCGUCACAUUGGGAUCUCGUCUGGCUCUGCACACUCACUCGAAGGACAUCCUACUUUGAACUACACUAUGUCGAGAUCCUAUGACCGCGCUCUCACCGUCUUCUCGCCCGAUGGGCACUUGUUCCAAGUAGAAUACGCCAACGAAGCUGUCCGGAGAGGAACGUGCGCCGUUGGCCUUCGCGGAAAGGAUGUCGUGGUGCUGGGCGUCGAGAAGAAGUCUGUCCUUCAGCUUCAGGAUCCACGUACCGUGCGGAAAGUAGUUAUGCUGGACGAUCAUAUCUGUCUCGCUUUCGCAGGUCUGACCGCCGAUGGACGUGUUCUGAUUGACAAAGCGCGGAUGGAAUGCCAGAGCCACCGUCUGACUGUUGAGGACCCUGUCACCGUAGAAUACAUCACGAGGCACAUAGCCGGUAUUCAGCAGCGAUACACACAAUCAGGAGGUGUACGGCCAUUUGGGAUUGCCACCUUGAUCGUUGGUUUCGACCCCCAUGAUACCCGGCCAAGGCUAUACAUGACGGAGCCUAGUGGUAUUUACAGUGCAUGGAAGGCAAACGCUAUUGGCCGUUCAUCAAAGACCGUCCGGGAAUUCCUAGAGAAGAACCACAAGGAUGACCUCUCGCGGGAUGAGACGAUCAAGCUGACGAUCAAGAGUCUGCUGGAGGUUGUACAGACCGGUGCCAAAAACAUUGAAAUUAGUGUCAUGGAGAGCUAUGGGAAGGUUACUGCACUCGACCUGUCGCAGAUCGAGGCAAUUGUGCAAGAGAUCGAGAGGGAGAAGGAAGCGGAGGCCGAAAGGAAAAGGUCAAGACUCGCGGCCACAGCUGCUGGUCAGGCCGCGAUGUCUUCUCGAGCUGGAGACGCCGGGCAGCCAUCCGGGCAACAGUAAACAGUCAUGUCUCACUCUGUUAUAUCCAGUCUUCGUCCUUAUUUUAGCGAUGCUCUUACUCCGUUCCUCUGGGUUGUUCUGCCAUCCAGCUCUUCGCAAAGGUGCG